CGUGAUUUGCUGCGCGGCGCGGCGAGCGGCGGCGGCGGCGAUGAGAGCGGGCAGUGCGAACUGCCGGAGCAGCCGCCGGCCGCCAUAGUCGGCACACAAAGCUGGUUCCAGAUUUGAGCGACGGCGAGACACCCUGAUGUGUGAUGUGAGCCUGGGGCACGCCAUGGAUCUGACCAAGAUGGGGCUGAUCCAGCUGCAGAACCCCUGCCACCCCACCGGGCUGCUGCACAAAGCCAACCAGAUGCGCCUGGCGGGGACGCUGUGCGACGUGGUCAUCCUGGUGGACAGCCAGGAGUUCCACGCGCACCGGACCGUGCUGGCCUGCACCAGCAAGAUGUUCGAGAUCCUCUUCCACCGCAACAGCCAGCACUACACCCUGGACUUCCUCUCGCCAAAGACAUUCCAGCAGAUCCUGGAGUACGCCUACACCGCCACCCUCCAGGCCAAGGUKGAGGACCUGGAUGACCUGCUCUAUGCGGCCGAGAUCCUGGAAAUUGAGUACCUGGAGGAGCAGUGCCUGAAGAUCCUGGAGACUAUACAGGCCUCUGAGGACAAUGACACCGAGGUGGCUGUGGCCGAUGGAGGUGCCCCCACCACCGCUGAGGAAGAAGAGGAGAGGAAGUCGAGGUACAUCAAGGGCCUCUUCAUCUCCAAGCCCCCUGGCGAGGAGGGUGGCUAUGCUGGCAUGGCUGGCCAGAGUCUGCCGGCUGCCAUGGCAGAGCAGAGCCCCUCUGCCUCCGUGUCCUAUUGCUCCCUCUCUUCCAUGAGCCCCACCAAGGCAGCAGUGGACAGUUUGAUGACCAUCGGGCAGUCCCUGCUGCAGAGUGCCCUGAUGCCCAGCGCCCCCGAGGACUCCCGCUCCAGCAGCACCCGCCACCCCUCUGGUCUGGCUGAAGUCAAAACGGAAACCAUGCAGGUGGAUGAGGCCUCCAGCCAYGAGAGCCCCCGGGCAGCCGAGCCUGGUGCCUCCGCGGGGGAGAAGCCUGACGAGAAGGGCAAGGAGGGACCCGGCACCCCGACCCGCAGCAGUGUCAUCACCAGUGCUCGUGAGCUGCACUACACCCGCGAGGAGGGCGCCGAGCCGGCCCCCGAGCCCGGCCAGGGGCUGCCACUGGGGCCGGAGCCGUCCACCACCGCCCCGGGCGAGAAGCCCCUGGGUAUYUACUCACUGCUGCCCAACCACAAGACUGAGCCGGUGCUCGCUGUGCCGCCCGCUGUGGCGUCUGCCCUGCACGUGCAGCCAGCCCUGGCUGUCUCCAUGGACUUCAGUGCCUACGGGGGGCUGCUGCCCCAGGGCUUCAUCCAGCGGGAGCUGUUCAGCAAGCUGGGGGAGCUGGCUGCCGGCAUGAAGACAGAGAGCAGAGCCCUGGGCGAGCAGUGCAGCGUGUGUGGGGCAGAGCUGCCGGACAACGAGACCCUGGAGCAGCACAGGAAGCUGCACAGUGGGAUGAAGACGUACGGAUGUGAGCUGUGUGGGAAGCGGUUCCUGGACAGUUUGAGGCUGCGAAUGCAUUUGCUGGCUCAUUCAGCAGGUGCCAAAGCGCUGGUCUGCGAUCAGUGCGGUGCCCAGUUCUCAAAGGAAGAUGCCCUGGAGACGCACCGGCAGACGCACACUGGUACAGACAUGGCUGUGUUCUGCCUGCUGUGCGGUAAGCGGUUCCAGACGCAGAGCGCCCUGCAGCAGCACAUGGAGGUGCACGCCGGGGUGCGCAGUUACAUCUGCAGCGAGUGCAACCGCACCUUCCCCAGCCACACCGCGCUCAAGAGGCACCUGCGCUCCCACACAGGUGACCACCCCUACGAGUGCGAGUUCUGCGGCAGCUGCUUCCGGGACGAGAGCACCCUGAAGGGCCACAAGCGCAUCCACACCGGCGAAAAGCCCUACGAGUGCAACGGCUGCGGCAAAAAGUUCAGCCUCAAGCACCAGCUGGAGACCCACUACCGGGUGCACACAGGCGAGAAGCCCUUCGAGUGCAAGCUGUGCCACCAGCGCUCCCGGGACUACUCGGCCAUGAUCAAACACCUUCGGACCCACAACGGCGCUUCCCCGUACCAGUGCACCAUCUGCCUGGAGUACUGCCCCAGCCUCUCGGCCAUGCAGAAGCACAUGAAGGGCCACAAGCCAGAGGAGAUCCCCACCGACUGGCGGAUAGAGAAGACCUAUCUCUACCUCUGCUACGUCUAAGGGAGGAGGCCCAGGGGCAGCAGGSCCAGGUGGCAGAUGACUGGGCAAAAAAAAUCCCACCACACACGCAGCAUCUAUGGCCUUGUUUGUUUUCGGUUCUCAUUCAUUUCUUCUCGCCGAAGAGUCCUGCAGCUCCUGCGGCAGCGAGGGACGCCCUGGCCCCUUCCCAGCUCCAUCCACCCUGCUGCCCCAGCUCCAUCCACACUGCUGCCCCAGCUGCUCAUGCUCUGCUGCCCUCUCACCCUCGCUGCAGGGCACAUUUCACCCUCUGCACCCCGGCCAGCCCCKCUGUUACCCUUGCAUUGGCCACUGGUGCUGCUGGGAAGAUCCUGUAGGAACGAGCGCUUCCCCCAGAGUGUUCCUACAGCAGUGCUCGGGAAAGCUCUCGUUCCUGGUGUCUCUGUUGCUUUACAGACCCUGCUGUGGGUGCCCUGCAGAGGACCCGAGUUCCUGUGCUCUUGGGCCCCUUUUUGGCAGGUUCCCAGGUGGAGGCAUUGCAGUGGGAGAGCAAGGAGCCCUGUGAGCCACGAGUGUUUUGGGAAGUGUUUUGGGGGGAUCCUGGCCAGAGGAGGGUGUUUGGGGCUGGAGCCCGGCUGCCUUGAGGUGCUGCCUGCUGUCGGGUGAGCUCRAGGGGCACAGGAGGCUGCUGCUGUCCCCAUGACCAAAGACCUCUCUAUGCAUUUCUUCCUCCUUCCCUGCCCUCCCAGGACAAGGGCAAAGCCCCCCACGGGGAGAUGCAGUUGUUUGGUGAUGUGCAGUCAGUGCCAGUGUUGGGGCUAUAGUGUGUGGUAUCGCUCCGAAUGGAGAGAUCCUCUUUUCUUCUGCUGRUUUGAAGCACCUAGAGGGUGCCACCUGUGGGUUUUUUUGCCCAGCCCUCAGCCCAAAAGCCUACAGGAGCCCACAGCAAGAGGUGCCCRGUGGCAGGUGGCUUCGCUCGCCGCUUUUUUGCUUUUUGUUUGGGUUUUUUUGAACUUUCUGUUGGAAUAUUUCCACAUUUAGCACAUUUUACUUGAAAUUACCUCGGUUUUUUGUGACCUCAUGAGCUUUUAUUGAUUUGGGAGGGACAGGGGGCAGCAUGGCUGGGGUGCACCAGCCGUGUUCCCAGCAUUGAUGAUGGAGAGGCAGGGGGGUGACAGUGUCCCUGCCAGCCUCCUGUUGUGCAUUAUCCUUACCAAAACUGGUAUUUUUUGCCUGGCCUUACGGGGCUGGGGGUGUUGGUUCUGAAGCUACCUCUUGUGUUUGUUUUUGUUGUGUUUCUCCUGCGCAGCUGCGGGUUUGGUGGUUCCAUCCCGCGGCUCUUUUUUUGUCGUUUUGCUGCGUUUGGGUGAAAAGGGGGGAAAAGGAGCCGASGGGAGAGGGACAGUGUCUGGAUGUUGUUUGGAGGGCACUGAUGGCCCCUGUGGGUUUGGGGUGCCCAUCCCACCUCUCCUGGUGCCAAGCAGGGAUUUGGCUGUGGGAGCAGCAUCCUCCCUCGUGCCCCAGUCCGGCUUUGCACGUGCGUGUGCCUCUGGGACACUGCUGCUGUACAAUCYGGGAUGUGACUGUGGAGAACGGCUCAUUUCAUUGUUGUGCCUAAGAAAAAAAAAAAGAGAAAAAGUAUUUAAAAAAGAGAACAGUGUUCUUUCACACAGRAAGUUGCUGCAAUUUCUGGCAUGCGUGUGGCAGGUCCCCGUGGUGUCCUGGCACGGACAGAUGCAGGUGCUGCGGUGCCAUGGAGCACGUGGCCGAGUUCAUGUGGCUUGUUUUUGGUUUUUUUUUCCUGAACCUCCCCUCCCAUCGCACCGUCCCUGUCCCUCAGAGACACAGCCCCCGCUGCGACUGUCGGGUCAGCGUUGCAGUGCUGCUGCCGUGUCCCGGGCGCUGUCCCCGCACUGUUUGCCGUGGCGCAGCCCCCGCCACCCUCCAUAUAUAUAUUUGUAAGUAUAUAUAUGUGUAUGAUAGCAGUGAGGACCGAGCGCCGCCCGCGGGGCCUGGCCCUGUCCCCUGGCUUGUGUCAGUGUUGUGAGCCCGUCCCGUUGCUCUGUGUUGCUGCUCGUGGUUCGGGUCCGUCGCUGUCCUCGUUCCGUCUACCUCAGCACCUCUCUGAGCCCGGGCGCAGAAGGUGCCCAAGUUCCCUUUCGGUUUUCUCAGAGUAUCUAUCGGCUCCUAUUUUUUGUACGAUUUUCCUGUCUCCCCUCGCCGUUCUCUCCCCUGCGGUUCUGCUUGCGAGUCCUCUCUGUCCUCUAGCCACAGAUGCCGUUAGCUAAAGGUUUCCUGAAAAAUAAAGAAAAAGAAAAAAAAAAAAAAAAA